AGAAAGACCAAAAAAAAAGAAAAUUUAAAGUUAUUAAAGACAAAGGAAACAGCAAAAUGAAGAGAAUGACGCUGACGCCCAUGCGAGUGCCUUGAUAAUGCCGGGCUGAGUUUUUAAGGACAAGAACUGCGUCUUAAUUAUUAUGUCUCUCUCCUCAACAGGUUGCAAAGUACCUGGUUCUUAGUAGGUACAAAGUAAGGAUAUGCUGAAGGGGAUAAAUGAAUGCAUCUCCUAACAGUCAUGUCUGUAAGGGAAGUUGCGACACCACAUUCCAAACGCAGAACAGAGUGGGGAUGAUGGAAUCGCUAAGGUAUUCGUUGGUGGUACUGCUUGUUUUCCAAGCAAUGAGCUUUUCCCUAUAUUUAGAGCAGUGCUGUGUUUCUGGGAUUUUGAUUUAAAGGUUUCCUUUGGGCUCGUGCUCCCAGAACGUAUCAUCUUAGAGAGACUAAGUAAAGAAGAGCCACUGGGGAGACUGGAGAAGGGGGAAGAGGUCAAAGGGCACGCGUUAAGUCUCUAGUCUGUGAAGAGCCGUCCCUGUGAGGCACUGGUUUAAGUUAGUUCUCCAUUUCUCCAAAGGACAGAUAAGGGGCUAAUGGAAAGGGCUAUCGCACGACACGAAGUGCGGGAGAUCGAGCAGCGACACACCAUGGAUGGCCCUCGGCAAGAGGCAGCUUUAGAUGAGGAGGAGGACCUGGUGAUCAUUUAUAACAGAGUCCCCAAGACGGCGAGCACCUCUUUCACCAACAUCGCCUACGACCUGUGCGCCAAGAACAAGUACCACGUGCUCCACAUCAACACCACCAAAAAUAACCCCGUGAUGUCGCUGCAGGACCAGGUGCGCUUUGUAAAGAAUAUAACGUCCUGGAAAGAGAUGAAACCAGGGUUUUAUCAUGGGCACGUUUCUUAUUUGGAUUUUGCAAAGUUUGGGGUGAAGAAGAAGCCAAUCUACAUUAAUGUGGUCAGGGACCCCAUCGAAAGGCUGGUUUCUUACUAUUACUUCCUGAGAUUCGGAGACGACUACAGACCAGGACUGAGAAGACGAAAACAAGGAGACAAAAAGACCUUUGAUGAGUGUGUGGCCGAGGGCGGUUCCGACUGUGCUCCAGAGAAGCUCUGGCUCCAGAUCCCCUUCUUCUGUGGCCACAGCUCGGAAUGCUGGAAUGUCGGAAGCAGGUGGGCGAUGGAUCAAGCCAAGUACAAUCUAAUCAAUGAGUACUUUCUGGUGGGGGUGACUGAAGAGCUGGAAGAUUUCGUCAUGCUGCUGGAGGCGGCUUUGCCCCGAUUCUUCAGGGGCGCCACGGAACUCUACCGAACAGGGAAGAAAUCCCAUCUGAGGAAAACCACGGAGAAGAAACUCCCCACCAAACAGACCAUCGCGAAGCUGCAGCAGUCGCACAUCUGGAAGAUGGAGAACGAGUUUUACGAGUUUGCGCUGGAGCAGUUCCAGUUCAUCCGAGCCCACGCCGUGCGCGAGAAGGACGGGGACCUCUUCAUCCUGGCCCAGAACUUCUUCUAUGAAAAGAUUUACCCCAAGUCGAACUGAGCGCGGGCGGCCGUGAGGUUCCCGACCCGCCUCCCGCUCCGUCCUCAGCGCCGCGGCCCGGCUGGCGGAUGGGCGCAGGAGCGGGCUCGUCCGGGGGGAGCCGGGCUGGGACACGGACAGUGACGACCAGGGAGCGGAUUCUGGCUGAUACGUCGGUGGUCUCGCAAGUGUAAGUGUCAGCCCCCCUCCCCCCCCCUUGAUGGUUAAAUUGUGGUGGGCGAUAGAAGCUCCUGCCUGGACCACAGCUACACAUCACCUGGAGGAAACGCACGGCAGGUCUAAGGGAAGGCCAAACGCAGUCCCCAGAGAAAGUCCUGAGGCUCCGUUUCAGAUAAAGCCUUUUCUCCAACGAACCAUGAGUGAAGAUGGAUCCAUUUGCUGCUUCCACCCUCGCCCGGAGGUUUGGGUUACACACCUCGGCUGAAGGGGCGUUGACUGUUGGGCAGAGUGUGCUUUUUCUGUGACUCGCGUCUCAUGACGUUUCUCGGGAUGUUGGGUCACGUGUGCUCACAGCAUCUCUGCUGUAGUUGGAAUUGCCCAUGUUUAUGUCGGUCACUUUAAUUUUCUUUAAAAAGAUACUAUUCGUGUUAAGAACCAGCUGAAGCCGUUAUUAAUACUGUACAAAGAAUCCAGGCAGUAUUUCUCGUUCCUGUCACCCCGUGUCCAAGCUUGGGGGAGCGCUUCGGAGCUUGUCGCCGGCACCUGCGGGUUGAGUUGAGGCUCCCACACGGCGCGAUCGGAAGAGUGAGGCUGGGGCUCCUCUCUCCAUGGGCUGUUUGUAAAGCCGUAAGCAGAAAUGUUGGGGACUCCGUGUUAUAACUCCGUGAGUGAGCUGUGGUGUGGGUAGGGUUUCCUACUUCUCUGUACUUUUAUCUGUAGACUGUUUUACUACGGUGCUUUAUAAUGUGUUUUAAAGCAUUGCAUUUACAGAAAAAGAAAAAUGCUGUAAAUAUUGCAUAUUUUAUGUAUUUGGACCAAAAGGCUAGAAGUAAUGAGGACAAAAGUGAUUUUGCACCAAUUUUAUGAUGUCCAGUAAAACCAUCAGACCUAUCGUCCCUGUGUUUCUCCUUGAACUUGACUGUUAAGAUGUCACUGAAAUGGAACUCGGUAACCUUGCAGGUUUGACACGCACAGUUAUUCCUCAGUGGGGGCAGUGGUUACAGUGGAAAGACGACCGGACAAGGAGUCAGAGCUCAUGGUUUCGUGUCCUGCCUCUGCCACAUACGUGCUGUGUGACCUUGGGCAAGUCGCUUAACCUCUCUCUGCCUCAGUUUCCUCAGCUUGGUGAGGACGGUCAUUCUGCUGUACCUGCCUCCCCGGGGAGCUGUGGGGCUUGAAGGAGGUGACCUGUGCGGGCACCUGGAAACCCCGUAACGAGCUGCGGAAACAUCAGCUCUUAGAAACCAUGGGUGACGUAUAGUUUCAUGCCAUUCGUUUUUUAACCAAAAAAAAAGAGAAAAAAGUCCACUUAUAAGCUGGUUGGGGAAAAAAGUUAAUCUUGAUAUAAAUUUGCAUUUAAUAAAUAUCUUCUCAGUGUUUUAUCUUCCCUGUUUCAACAACUACUGAACUAUGGAAACACCUGUGAACGCUUCAUGGUUCCAGAGCAGCUGCUUGAGCGCAGCAGAGUCCCGGUUUGAGGAGAAGGCUUCGUUCGCCAGCUCUCGAUGGGAGCAACGCUGCUUUCAAGCGUGGGAGGUCUCUCUGUGUUUGUGUUUCAUUACCGUUCAGAAAUGGUAGCUCUCUGGCACCUCUGAUUUUUAAGGUAUAUUUUGCAGAGUUUCAUUUCCCUGUGCAUUUCUUCACCUUCUUCUACUUCUUGGGGUAACGGAGAGAAAGAAUUUUAGGAACAUUUUCUAAAAGGAUAACCUUUAAUAUGUUUAGUUCAAAUAAACAUCCCAAACAAGGCCCCACGUAAGCAUUGUAGGCGGGUUGCUUUCGAGGCGAUUAAUGGUGUGUGGAAGCAGAGGCGGAGUUCUGCUCAUCAAAAGACAUUUAUAAACAGUGUUUUUAAAGAGCGAAAGGGAGUGGACAGAAUCCUUGCAGGAGGCUUUCGCCUCUGAUAACAGGAGGAUCUUAAGAGAGCAUCGACAGGCAGGCAGAGUUUCUUAUUUGGCUGGCUCUUUGGUGUAUCUUAAUUCCUGGGACCUCUUAGAGUUAUUUGUUGAAAACGUAUACAAAUGAUUCACCCCAGAGUAAAGGGCCGCCUCAGGACGGGGCCCCUGGCAUUACCUGCUAAGGAGUCCCGGCGUGCAGGGUGCUCGUGGAGCCCAGCUGAGACCUGCUUGAGGUGUGUUUGCUCUUCUGGGAAAUGAGCGCACGGCGCCCCGGUCUGGGGCCAGCCAGCGCUUCUAGAAGGGCUCGGGAGUAGAUGCUCUUUGGGGCUUUGCAGGCCAGUGUGUCUGUGACAGCAGGCAGCUCUGCCGUUUUAGCCCAGACCCCUCGUAGAGGUGGAGCCGGCAGUGUCCCCACAUAGAACCUUAUCGCCAAAGCAGGUGACAGGCCAAGUCUGUCCCUGGGGGUGUCCUUCAGCCCUGGGACAGAGGACGACUACUCAUGGGGAAAUCACUUCUGAACGUGUGCUCCGAUGGCCCAAAGGAGCCCAUAUCCUCCCCCAAAGCUCCCCAUGUGUGUCCAGGGAAGAGCUUCCCAUUCAGGCGGUGCCCCCAGAUUCAGAGACUUUGACGACGUACCUCGCUUCCAGGUGGGCUUUUUUCUUUGCCAGUGUGACCGGCAGGUGGGCGUCGAUGCCACGGCCUCGGAGGUGGGUUAGACGCACCCUUUCCUGAGGCCGAGGAAGGGCUAGGGACCAUUCUGCAUGGUCGGGACCGUCCGGGGCGUCGGACACGUGCAGAGCCCUCAUCGUACCUAACUUUGUCAUCAAAUAAAUAGAACCACUGAGAUGAUAAUGUAUUUUUUUAAAGUGGCAAAUACGGUUUUCUUUUUUCAGGCUUUGUGCUUUUUCAGUAUUUUGAACAUAGGGAAAUUUUCUUUUUAUAAUACAAGAGCAGAUUAACCACUUUGAAUUUUACAAGACAAUGUUAUGUGUGUAUGUGUAUCUCUCUAUAUAUGUUUAUUUCCUAAAAGAGGACAAAGUACUUUUUUGUUCGACUUGUUAUCGACUCCUGUUUUCUAAUUGCUGUGAAAUGGCAACUGUUGAUAAAUUAUUGAGACUGUUUUACAAUGUAACGGGGAGGAUAUAUUUUGAUUUUACCCAGCUUUAAUCUGUAAAGUGUCCCUUAAAUAUAAUCUGAUAGCAACACUGAAAAAAUAUUGCAUGGGAGUUACUUUUCUGUCUCAUCCACAUACCCAUUUGUGCAACUUUGAACAUACCGGGUGCUUCUGAAUUCCCGAUAAUUGGGUUGAAAUGACUGAAAAUCAGAGAAAAACGUACUGACUUUUAAACUUUGACUUUUAUUUUCCAUUCUUAAAAUUCAGUUAAUGCCUAUAACUUGAAAUCUCCUGCUGGCUCUUUCUCAGUACAAGUCCUAUUGGAAACUCUUUAAACUGUUAGUGCCAUCAGCGGCUUACAAGCAGUAUUUUGAUAUUUCAGAUGAUUUGCUCAUUGUAUUUGCAUAGUUAGAAAGAAAAUAGUUUGUAGACAAUGGCUCUCUUUUUCUAAUAAAAUGAAAUAAAAAUUCCAAAAGCACUGGAGGAUUGAACUGAAGCCUGGUUCCCAAAUGCGUAGCUGGUAUUUUAAUUUCCAUUCAGAUUCUCCAUAGAGAACAUCUGUGUAAACCGCCGCUCCCUGGGCCUCCCCAGGGGUCCUUCUCCAACACGCCCAAGGUCCUAGCUUCCUUCGCUGCGGGAGGCACCGGUCCUGUAGCCCUUUAUGAAGCCAGGUGCCUCUACUUCAUGAUUUGAAAUUUUGCCUCUUCAUAAAUUAGCGCUAUUUGCGUUGCGAGGAAGCUAGGCAGUUGCUGGUGGAUUUUUGCAUCCAUUCACCUGUACAGAGCUGCUGGCUGGUGCCAAUGACACUGCUGCUCAGGCAGCUUUUUGAGGGGAAAGCAGCCCUGUUUCAGAGGCACGGCCAAUGCCGCUCCUCUCGAGUGGAGCUUACUUUCCGAGUUCCUGGAGUGGGGAUUGUGGGGCCUGAAAGGGGUGAUCCGUUCGUCGGAUUUAUCCCGUAAUUUCGGUUCCUGCAGCUGUGUGACCUCUGCAGCACUGUUUAUAAAAAGAGCCCGAUGGUGAUGCUCUUUAAGACACGUUGCUGGCAAAGCCCGUGAUGUAGACACCCCGGUGCCAUCUCUCUGGUUUUUCGGGCAGCUUCUGUAGCUUUCUGUUGAAAGUCGGGUGUGUGGGCAUCUCUGAAGCUGUGUCAAAUGUAAUUUUGACAAACAUGGAUUGUCUGUUUUGGCUUUUAUUCUAUAAAUACCCAGCUAGCUAAGGUGUGCCUUCCCCUCGCGGUCCGCGCUGGAAGCUGCUCGCUCCUCCUCGGCUCGCCCCCCGCCCGCCGCCCCAGCUGAUGCAUUUAUGCAGCAGUUUCCAACUUGAAACCAUUGUGUCACAUCUGUUGGAGAGAUAAUCACUCCUUUUCCCUAACAUCCUGCCAGCUUCUGUUUUUUGAAGUGUUUCAGUUGAUUACCUGAUGCAAAAGCUAUAAAAUAAACACUCAGUGGGAAGGGAAGGCGGCUUGGUGUCCUGUUGUAAUAUUUUCUUCCGCAGCCUUGAUGCCCACGGACGUCUUCCAAGUGGACUCGGCGUUGGGCGUCAUCAGCUUAACCCUCGGAUGUCACUGCAGCCGGAGGGGCUCAUGCCACCGAUGACCUGCUGUGGCUUCUUUGUGACAUGUGGGCUGACAGGCCUCUGCUGCUUUUUGCUUAGUCCUCUAUCAUUUGGUAUUGGAAUCUCGGACGGAGAGUUUGCAGGGUCCACCUGGGGUAUGCACUUAAUUCGAAGAGAAAAGGGAAUGAGGAAAGGGCUGUCAACUCAGAAGACAAAGCAAAUGUGAAGGAAAAAAAAAUCUGAUUAGCAGUGAUUGCAGUUUAGGCGUAUCAGUAAUGCUUCUGCGAGAAGACACCUUUCUGAUGGUUAAUGAUGCUUUUCACUCUUUAAGGGGAAACUCAAUUCCAUAGAUUCCAGUUCUUAGCCACUGACUCAGCAUUCCAGCCAAGUAUUAUGUUUUACUGGGUUGAAUAAAACACCAGUUCAGUGAUCCACCUUUUUUUUUUCCUGUCUUUUUAGGGCUACACCCAUGGCAUUUGGAAGUUUCCAGGCUAGGGGUAGAAAUGGCGCUGUAGCCGCUGGCCUACACCACAGCCACAGCAACGUGGGAUCCGAGUCACAUCUGCAAUCUACACCACAGCUCUUGGCAACGCUGGGUCCUUAACCCGCUGAGCGAGGCCAGGGACAUGAGGGCAGGCAUCUGCCCUCGUGGAGACUAGUUGGGUUCUUAACCUGCUGAGCCGCAGUGGGAACUCCUGAUAUGUCUUCUAAGCCGGGAAUUUUGUCUCUACCCACGGAGGCAGAACAGAGAGCGUGGACUUGAGGGCCGGGGACCUGCACUGAGGGCGACUUUCGUCCCCGGAGAGAACAGUGCUGGUGUCACGUCGGACAAGGGGGACGCACCAGGAGAGACUGGUGACCGGGGGCGUCUCUGAGCUGCGUUGGAGGGUUGUCAGGGCGCCGACCUGCCCCCCGACCCUGCCGAGCACGGCCGUGUCACUUUAGAGAAGAUGUAGAGAUAGUUUGGGAGACCAGCGAAUUUUAUUUUUAACUGACAGCCUACGAGUGCCUUUUACUGAUGUGCCCACAGUACAGACAUUCUUGGUUGUGACACCUGCGGCUGUGUCCACCCACAAUUUCCAGGACUAAAGGGGUCGGUGCUGAGUGUUCUAACACAGAACCAGCUUGUGCCAGCAGUGGACGUGGCCACGUCUCGUACUUGAACUGUGUGGACUGCAAAGCCGCACGUCCAUAAAACUCAGGAUACGUGGACUAAAAUGAUUGUCACUCUUUCAGCAAAAGGGACACUAUCCAUAUGCUCUAAGAAAACGGGACAUUCGCCUCAUUUAUAAACCAAUCGGGAGUUCCCGUUGUGGCACAGCGGAAACGAAUCCCACUAGGAACCUUGAGGUUGUGGGUUCGAUCCUUGUCCUCUCUCAGUGGGUUAAGGGUCCGGCGUUGCCGUGAGCUGUGGUGUAGGUCGCAGACGCAGCUCGGAUCCCGCAUUGCUGUGGUGUAGGCUGGCGGCUACAGCUCCGAUUCGCCCCCUAGCCUGGGAACCUCCAUGUGCUGCGGGUGCAGCCCUAAAAAGCAAAACCAACCAACCAAGUCAUCGUGUUAGAAUUCCAGGUUUUUAGGAUAUCUGAAAAAUAAACUUAGUUUGUCAUCAUUGUUGCCU